GUUGGUGCGAGGCGGCGCCGCCAUCUUGGGCCGCUGGGCCCCCAGCAUCGGUUUCUGGCCGCCCGAGGUAGGUGGUAGGUGGGCCGGGCCGCGCCCCCUGCCUGCGUCCGCUGCGGACCCACGAUGCCGCAGUACCAGACCUGGGAGGAGUUCAGCCGCGCGGCCGAGAAACUCUACCUCGCCGACCCUAUGAAGGCACGUGUGGUUCUCAAAUAUAGGCAUUCUGAUGGGAGUUUGUGUAUUAAAGUAACAGAUGAUUUAGUUUGUUUGGUGUAUAGAACAGACCAAGCCCAAGAUGUAAAGAAGAUUGAGAAAUUCCACAGUCAACUAAUGCGACUCAUGGUAGCCAAGGAAUCCCGCAGUGUUGCCAUGGAAACGGACUGACGGGUUUGAAAUGAAGAUCCUUCAUGUUCUUAGGAAGUAAAUAUCUUUUGAAUCAGAAAAAGUGUUGGGAAAGAAAAUAUGUAACUAAGUGGGCUCUUCAGAAGUGGGGAGAUCAUUUUUUGUACUUUGUUUUUUAAUGUUUACUUUAGAGAGCUAGGAACGUACAUGCUUUCAGGUAGAAAGCCUUUAUUUAUUUUUGGAAAUUCAGUAAAAGGCAGUUCUUCCUUAAAUUUAGUUAAUCUGUCUUUAAAAGAAAAUUAAAUUUAACCAUUUUGCUGGAUUGUUGUAUUUCUUUUGGAGCAUAAAAUUUGUGCUAUUGAUGACCAACAAACAUAAAAUAUGGUAAUUGGAAUUACCUGUGCACAGCAGUGUACCUAUGUAUAAUAUAGUAAUGUAGUCUCAGUUCUAUCUAAAAGUAAUCAUGGAAAUGAGUAUGCUUUACCUAAAACUUUUCCAAACUUAAACUGUAUUUUUGAAUGUAAGGAAUUUGUAGUAUUGUUAGCUUGUUGAGCAGGGACUUGCUUUAAAUCUAGUUUCCAGUGCUCAAAAACAACUGCAUUUACUUGAAGUGCAUGAACAGAUUAUCACUAGUGGACUGAACCACCAUAUUACGCAAGUAUUUGCUGCAGAUUUCCCAUCUAUAUUUUCUCAGAAGGGCUAAAGAUUAUUUGAACUGUUAAAUCUUUGCAUAUGUCUGUGCCACUCCUGCCUGUUUCUCCCUGUACUUAACCAAGGUGUUGAACAUGACUGUCACAACUGUUAUUUUUUCCAUUAAGCCAGAAGGAUAUCAUUUGAUAUUUAUCGUAUAAUUGUAACCUCAGUUUUACCAUCUCAAUGUAAUGUUCACAUGUUGCUUCCUACAUUAAAAUAUUUUUUGUUAGGACUUUGUCGUGUUGAGCAACAUUUUAACCUGGACAAUUCUAUCAGCCAUAUGAAAUUUUGCAUGUUUCAGAGAAGUCAGUGAGUAAAAUAUUAUAUGAAUAUACAUUGUUUCUCUUGAAGUGUAUAACUUCUCGAGAAUUAAUGAUUUUUUUGACUGAGAUUUACUGUAUUCAUUUAAUGUAAGAUGAGCCUGAUGAGCCUGAUUUUGUUGUUGGUACUUUUUAUUACAUGACUUUCUCUUAAGAUGUCUGUUGAUUGCAAGGUGGUUUUCUUGAUUAAGAAAAGUAACAUCAGGGGCGCCUGGGUGGCUCAGUGGCUGAGUGUCUGCCUUUGGCUCAGGUCAUGAUCCCAGGGUCCUGAGAUCAAGUCCUGCAUCAGAAUCCCCACAGGGAGCAUGCUUCUCUCUCUGCCUAUGUCUCUGCUUCUCUCUGUCCCACAUACAUACAUACAUACAUACAUACAUACAUACAUAAAUAAAACUAAAUAAAAUACGUAAAUAAGUAACAUCAAAUAGUAAAGGAGGUUUGGGGAUUGGGGUGAAUUAAUGGGCUCACCGGAGGAUUUUUUGACCUUCUUUGUUCUCAUUUACACCUUCUGCUUUUUAACACUACUUUAUUUAUUAAAAUAACCUGAAAGGAAGGGCCUGGGAUUUGGGUUCCUUGAGUCCUUGUAGCUUACAGCAGAGAGAGGAGAGCAGAAGUUGCAAGCAGGCAGCCUGGGCUACAGUCUUGGCUGGCCUGCUUCCCAACUGUGGUCUUAUGCUUCUCUAAGCCUCUGCUUCCUUCUCUGGAAAUUGGGCCGACAGCAGGAUUCCUAGGACAUGAGGAGGAUCAAAUGGUAGAACCUAUUGUAAGCCCUUGGUACAGUACUUGAAACACUGUAAUGCUCAGUAGAUGGUAGCCGCUAGAAGUAGUCAUUUUAUUUUUCAGGGCAAAAAGUAUGGCUGGCUCUUAAGGUUUAUUUCAUAAUUUCCAUUGAAGGAUUAUUUAGAGGUAGCAUUUUCUGCCUUUUCUGCUGAGAGCUGUGUCUAUUAUUAAAUGCCAUUUUUGGCAGUUGGGAAGCAAAACAAAACUGCCCCCAUAGAGAAUGUUCUUACUGGGAGAAACAGAAAUCCUUAAAUAUAAAACUUGCAUUUAUUUGUGUCUGUACAUAUUAAGAGAAUUAAUUGGUAAAUGUAUCAAAUUUCUUAAAGACCAUAUAAAUAAUAAAACAUCAACUCAUCAUAUAUUCUGAAAAUUA